UCAAAAUCUAAAGCCCGUCUCCUUGUCUCCGAUAAAACUUCCGGCGCUUAGUUAAGUUUCAGUUUUCCUAAUAAGGUUUCCAAAAAGCGCCAUGGCAAAUGCGAAUUAUGGCCGUUUUUUACUGAUAGUCAGUAACGAUACAUCUGGCAGCAUUGAACGCUGCCUGGAUCGGCUGAGAAAAGUGCGAUCCGCACUGUUAAAUCCUCCCCGUUUUGGAUCCGGAUCCGCGCACUUUGUUGCGCUGCUUGUCGACUGCAGCGCUAAGAAGAGGAAGCGCAUCAAGGGAGCCAUCAAGGAGAUAAAACGCGCUCGAAUGGAACGCCGACAGGGCGAUUCGCUGCUGCCAUCCUAUGCCCUGAUCCACGACAACCUGCAGCAGCUCGCAGAUUCCACUCUGAUGCCUGACCUGCACGCGAUCCUGCAAGCGGCCACUCAACACUGGGGAGAGCCAGGUGGACCCGACCGCUUGCCGGAUGAUACUUUUGCAAACUUUCGCCCGCUGGUCGGCCCUGCAGGAAGUUUGUUUCCGCAAGCUCUGCAAGAGUAUGGACGGAUAAUCGAAGGAUCUUCCGUUGACGGGCGUUUCCUGCGUUUUGCCUUUUAACGCAGAAUUUUCCAUUUUAGAGUAGAAAUGUGUGCUCAAAUGAGUGGUGAUUAAC